AUGGCCCGCGGUAAUCAGCGUGAAAACGCCCGCGAAAAGAACGCAAAGAAGCAAGCCGGCGCGGGCAAGAAGAACACGCAAUCCGGCACCGAAGCCGCCCGCACCAAGGAGAACGUGGCCGCCAUCAUGCGCGCCAAGCAGAUCGCAGCCGAAGAGAAGAAGAAGGCCGGGGCCUCUGCCUCGACCUAG